GUACGAUUCAGAGAUUUAAUCCAAAUUUGAAAUGCUAUUGAUAAAGCCAAAGCCAGUAUCUGAAUUUAUUUGUCUUCUAAUUCAAGCUAAUAUUCUCAACCUUAGUAGAGUACACUAGAAAACCAAAAAUUCUCAAGUCCAUUAUUCGAUAUCUGUAUUCAGAAAAAUCGCAAACACCAUUCAUCAUAUGAUGAUAAUCAUUCUCUCGAGUUUUCUUUUCAUUUCUUUGUUAAUUAUCCUGUUUUGGAUCUUUAAGAAGCUAUGGUGGAGUCCGAUUCGCGUACAAUUUCUGAUGAGAUCACAAGGAAUCCAAGGUCCUCCUUACAAGUUCCUAUAUGGAAAUACCAAAGAGAUUGUGGAAAUGAAAAAAGACUCAAUUAGCAAAUCCAUGGAUUACUUGUCACAUGACAUAUUUCCAAGAAUUCUACCUCAUGUAUUUUCUUGGAAAAAUCUCUAUGGAGAAAGUUUUCUCUAUUGGUAUGGACUGCAACCUGAACUAGUAGUUACUGAACCAGAACUUCUCAAAGAAAUACUGAGUAAUAGAAACAACAACUUUCCCAAAAUAGAUCUUGAGGGCUAUUCCAAGAAGCUUUUAGGAGAUGGGGUUUCGUCAUCUAAAGGCGAAAAAUGGACAAAAAUGAGGAAACUAGCCAACCAUGUUUUUCAUGGAGAAAGCCUAAAAAGUAUGGUUCCAAUGAUGAUUAUGAGUUGUGAGACAAUGCUGGAAAAGUGGAAAAUAUAUGAAGAAAAAGAAAUUGAAGUGUUUGAAGAAUUUAGGAUAUUAACAUCAGAAAUAAUUUCCAGGACUGCAUUUGGAAGUAGUUACUUAGAAGGAAAGAAUAUAUUUCAGAUGCUGAUGAAGUUAGCUUUGCUAGUUUCCAAAGAUGCUCUCAAAAUUAAAUUUCCUGGCAUCAGUCAAAUUUGGAAAAGCAGAGAUGAAAUAGAGUCAGAAAAACUGGAGCAGGGCAUUCGCGACAGCAUUACUCGAAUAAUAAAGAAAAGAGAAGAGGAAAAGAUUGGGGAAGAACAUAAUUUCGGAAGUGAUUUCCUUGGAAAACUUUUAGAGGCUUAUCAAGAAGAUUACAGAAUAUCAGUAGAAGAAAUAGUUGAUGAAUGCAAGACAAUUUAUUUAGCUGGUCACGAAACAACAACUUCUUUACUUGGAUGGACAAUCCUCUUGUUAGCUACAAACAAGAAUUGGCAAGAAAAAGCAAGAAAAGAAGUUCUUGAAUCAUUUGGCCAAAAAGUUCCUACUGCAGAUGGCCUAUCAAGACUGAAAAUAAUGAACAUGAUUGUUGAAGAAUCUCUAAGAUUGUACCCACCAGUACCAUUCAUCAAAAGGAAAGCUAACAAGAAAGUAGAGCUAGGGAAGCUAACUUUACCACCUCAAAUGCAACUUUACAUAUCACCAUUAGCAGUUCAACAUGAUCCUAAAAUAUGGGGAGAAGAUGUACAUAUUUUCAAACCAGAAAGAUUUGCUGAAGGAGUUGUUAAAGCUACAAACAACAAUCCAGUUGCAUUCUUGCCAUUUGGUUAUGGACCUCGAACUUGUUUAGGAUUGAACUUUGCCAUGAUUGAAGCAAAAGUUACUCUUUCGAUGAUUCUACAGCGUUAUAUGUUUACAGUUUCACCAAGUUAUGUUCACUCUCCCGUUCAGCUUUUUAUGCUUCGCCCUAAGCAUGGAGUCAAAAUCAUUCUGCACAAGAUUUAAGGGUCUCUUUCUGUAUGUAAAUAUAAAACAGGAACUUGAUUAUAUAUUCUGAUGUUUCCGCUUUUGUAUUGAUCCUAGGUUUGAUGGACGGCUAGCUAUAAUUAUUAUUUAAAUGAUUAAAUAUUAUUUUUAUACGAUAAUUAAGCCAGCAAAUAAAAAUCUGAAUGUAUUAUUUGA